AUGAAAGAGGAGAUGAAAAAAGUCUACCCGCCAUAUUUGAACUCGUACGACACUGCCAAAACGCUCUUCGAUCAAUUGGACCGCGAAAAUGCCAAGUUUCAUACGUUUUGCAAGGUAUUUUGCGAAUUUUGGGCGGGAAAUUUGAAAUUUUCAGCCAAAAAUCAUGAAAUCUGGCUGAAAAUGACCCUAGGAGCUGAAUUUUCACCAAAAAAUGUGCCAAAAAAUUUGAAAAUCACUCAAAACCGCAAUAUUGUCAAUGGAGCGCACUUGCUCAAUUUGGAGUGAAAUUUUUGAUUUUUCACGGUUUUGGGGUGAUUUUUGACUGAAAAAUUGAAUUUUGAACUAAAUUUGAGCGAGAAAAUUGAGUUUUCAGUCAAAAUUGACUAUUUUUGGCUGAAAAUAUCUGAAAAUUGGUCAAAAAUGAUCCUAGCAGCUGAAUUUUCACCAAAAAAUGAGCCAGAAAAUUUGAAAAUCACCUGCAAAUACAAUAUUGUCAAUGGAGCACAUUUGCUCAAUUUGAAGGGAAAUUUUUGAUUUUUCAUGGUUUUGGGGUGAUUUUUGACUGGAAAAUUGAACUUUUGAACUAAUUUUGAGCUAGAAAAUUGAUUUUUCAGCCGAAAUUGACUAUUUUUUGCUGAAAAUAUCGAUUUUCCCAUAAUUUUCAGCCUAAACAUCGAUAUUUUCAAACUGAAAUUGAGAUUUUUCCAGGCCAAAGAAAGUAAUCCGGAUUUUCGACGCCUAAAAUUGAAUGAUUUGAUGGUGAAACCGGUGCAAAGAUUGCCAAGUGUCAUUUUGUUGUUGAAAGGUGAGGAUUUUCAGAUUUUUGACUGAAAAUUUGAAAAAAUUGGAAAAUUUUGAGCCUGGGAGAGGGGAAAAAUCUGAAAAUUUGAAUUUUUGGUGAAUUUUGAAGCAUUGCUCAUGUUAGACGUCGAAAAUUGUGAAAUAUCGAGAAAUUUAAGCAUUGCUCAUAUUAAUAUUUGAGAAAUUAUGGUUUUUUAGCUUAAAUUCAUGGAAAUUUGAGCGUUGCUCAUAUUAGAGUUCAAAAAUUUAAAUUUUCCAGAAAAUUUUAGCAUUGCUCAUGUUAAAUUUUGAAUUUUUGACUGAAAAUAUGGAUUUUUGUGAAAUUUCAGCUAAAAAUCCGCCACGUGGCUUUUUUACGCUCAAAAUUUCACUUUUUAAUCAAUUUUUACAAAAAAAAUCUUAAUUUUCAGCUAAUUUUCUCAGAUUUCCAGCCAAAAAUUCUAGAAUUAUCGAUUUUUUCCAGAAAUGCUCAAAAAAUCGGAAUCGAGUCGAUUGAAAAGCAGUGCAGAAGAGGCGGCAAAAUCGGUUGAUGAAGUUUUGAAGUGUGUUUUUUUCCCUGAUUUUUGGCUGAAAAUUUGAGAUUUUCAGCCAAAGUUAGUCUAGAAAUCUGGAAAUUUCAGAUUUUCAGCCAAAAAAUCUGAAAUUUAUUCCAGAAUUGCUAAUAAAACUCGAGAGCGCAACGAUCAUUUGAUUCAACAUAUGAGCAAAUUUACGGAUAUCGAAAAUGUACCGGUAGGUCAUUUUUUUUGGCGCCAAAAAAACUACAGUAAUCUCGAAGUUUUUUUUUCUUAAAUAAAUACGAAAAUCGAAAAUUUUCAAUUUUGCAAUUUUUUAUGUGAAAAUUUUGAAACGUACAAUUUUUGGGUUUUUUGAAAAUGUGACUAUUUUUUCGAAUUCUCGCUCAUUUUGGACCAAUUUUCACAAAAUUUAAACCGAAAAAUCAAAAAUUUUGAAAUAUUUCAGAUUUUCAUGGUUCUAGGCUCAUUUUGGACCAAUUUUCACAAAAUUUAAACCGAAAAAUCAAAAAAUUUGAAAAUUUUCAGAUUUUCAUGGUUCUAGGCUCAUUUUGGACCAAUUUGCACAAUUUUUGGACCAAAAUGAGUCAAAUUUUAAGAUUUUUCCGAUUUUCGUAGUUCUAGGCUCAUUUUAGCCCCAAAAGUACACCUAGGUCCUAUUUGGUCUCAUUUUAUCCCGAUUUUUGCAGCCUCAUCUCGUCGCCUCAAAUCGAAUGUUCAUCCGCGAUAUGACUGUGAAUCCGAUUGCCUCAACCGCUCCGCGCCUUCAACAAUUCAAUCAAAUGAAAUUGUUUCUCUUUCACGAUGUCUUGUUGGUGAGUUUGGGAGAAAAUGAGCCAAAAUUUGAGAUUUUUGAGCAAAUUUGAGCUCUGGAGCAUGAAAAUUGCGAUUUUUUGAGCUGAAAUUGAGUUAAAACUGAAAAAUUCACGAUUUCGGCUGAAAUGAACCAAAAUGUGAGAUUUUUUAGCUCAAGAGCAUGAAAAUUGCGAUUUUUGAGCAAAAAUGACCUGAAAUUCCUGAAUUUUGGCUCAAAAUGACCUGAAAUUGAUAUUUUUCACUGAAAUUCAACAUUUUCAGAUCACAAAAAUUCGAAGCCAAAAGAAUACGAUGCAACGAUUCGCCCGCCACGCCUCUUUUGUCAGUUUGCACUCGAGAACCAGAAGACCGUGAGUUUUUGCUAGAAAAUUUGAAAUUUUUGGUAAAUUCUGGUCAAAAUAAGCCUGAAGUUGAAAAAAGCGCGAAAUUUGAGCCAAAAUUUGGAUUUUCUGGUGAAAUUUGAAGCAUUGCUCAUGUUAGAGCCCAAAAAAUCGAGAAUUAUUGAGUUUUUCGAGCAUUGCUCAUGUUAGAGCUCAGAAAAUCGAGAAUUUUUGAAUUUUUCGAGCAUUGCUCAUGUUAAGGCUGAGAAAAUUGAGAAUUUUUGAGUUUUUCGAGUAUUGCUCAUGUUAUAGCUCAAAAAAGCACGAAUUUCACUGAUUUUUGAGCAUUGCUCAUGUUAGAGCUCAGAAAAUCGAGAAUUUUUUGAGUUUUUCCAACAUUGCUCAUGUUAGAGGUCAGAAAAGCACAAAUUUCACUGAUUUUUGAGCAUUGCUCAUGUUAGAGCACAGAAAAUUUAGAAUUUUUGAAUUUUCGAGUAUUGCUCAUGUUAGAGCUCAAAAAAUCACAAAUUUCACUGAUUUUUGAGCAUUGCUCAUGUUAGAGCUCAGAAAAUCGAGAAUUUUUGAAUUUUUCGAGAUUUUUCAAAAACCAUGCCGCAAAAUUGCAAAAAUGGGCGGAGCCUAGGCUUGUUUGGUAUCAAAUUGAAGCUUUUUCAAAAACCAUGCCGCAAAAUUGCAAAAAUGGGCGGAGCCUAGGCUUAUUUGGUAUCAAAUUGAAGCUUUUUCAAAAACCAUGCCGCAAAAUUGCAAAAAUGGGCGGAGCCUAGGCUUAUUUGGUAUCAAAAUUAUCACAAAUUUCUUGCAGGUACAAAUACAUUGAGCAAAUUCCAUUAUCAUCAAUGCGAAGCGGCCUCAAAAUCCGUGCACCCGACAAUUUUUGGCGUGGAAUCGAAAAUAUGCCAUUUGCUCCUCCAGGCUCCACCACCACCACAUCUGGCACGGCUCCAAAAAACGAACCGAUUUUGUGGUGUAUGAUUCAUCGAGACUUGGAAGGCGGUGAUACCGAAACUCUAUUCGAAGCUGACACCGAAGAAGAGGUUGUCGAAUUUUUCGAUGAUAUUCAUAUUAAGGUACGGGAAAUGAGCCAAAAUUUGAGAUUUUUGAGCGAAAUUGAGCUCUAGAGCUUGAAAAAUGAUGAAUUUUGAGCAAAAAUGAGCUCUGGAGCUUGAAAAAUUGGUUUUUGAGCCAAAAUUGGAUGAAAUUAUGCAUUUUGAUUGAAAAUGAGCUUAAAUUUGGGAUUUUUGAGCAAAAAUGAGCUCGACAGCUUGAAAAAUGAUGAAUUUUGAGCAAAAUUGAGCUCUGGAGCUUGAAAAUGCGAUUUUUGAGCCAAAAUUGAUAAAACUUGAUCAGUUUUCAUGAAAUUGAGCUAAAAUUGGGAUUUUUGAGCAAAAUUGAGCUCUGGAGCUUGAAAAAUUGCAUUUUUGAGCUGAAAAUGAUAAAAAUUGAUCAGUUUUCAUGAUAUUAGCUGAAAAUUGAGAUUUUUGAGCAAAAAUGAGCUCUGGAGCAUGAAAAAUAGCAUUUUCGAGCAUAAUUAAACUGAAAUUAGUGAUUUUUGACUGAAAAUGAGCUAAAAUUCGAGAUUUUGGAGCUAAAUUGAGCCCUGGAGCUUUAAAAUUCAUUUUUUGAGCUAAAAAUGAUGAAACUUGAUCAGUUUUCAUAAAAUUAGCUGAAAAUUGAGAUUUUUGAGUCAAAUUGAGCUCUGGAUGUUAAAAAUUUGAAUUUUCAAGUUAAAAUUGAUCAAAAUUGGUCAAUUUUGACGCGAAAUUCAGAAUUUUGAUGAAAAUCACGGAUUUUGACUAAAAAUAAGCUGAAAUUCGAGAUUUUUAAGUCAAAUUAAGCUCUGGAGCAUGAAAAAUAGCAUUUUCGAGCAUAAUUAAUCUGAAAUUAAUGAUUUUUGACUGAAAAUGAGCUAAAAUUCGAGAUUUUUGAGCAAAAUUUGAAUUUUUUGCGCCAAAUGUUUGCCACGUGGAAUUUUUUUCGUAGGGGCCAAGUUUUUGUUCAAAAAUUUCGAUUUUUCUUGAAUUUUCGGUCAAAAUUUAUUCUCGGAAGUAAAAUUAGAACAAUUGAAAAAAAAAAUUGAUAAUAAAUUAUAUCAAAAUUUUGAAACGUAUUUUUUUUUGUUUUUGAAAAAAGUAGAAUUUUUGAAUCAAAAUUUGGCUCAAAAGCGGUGAAAAUGAGAAUAUUUGACGAAAUGAAGCAAUUUUGAGCUAAAAGUUCAAAACUAUAGUAAUCAAGACUUAAACUUAGCUGAAAAUUUCAGUUUUCCAUGAAUUUUGCAUCAAAAAUGAUCAAUUUCACCCAAAAAUCCCCAAUUUUUUGCAGACUUUGAGCAAUUUCGGUCGAUAUUUCUACUCUGGCGAAUGUCAACCAAGUACAGUACUAAGUGAACACGUGGCUGAAUUGGCGAUGCGAUAUUUCCGACGACAAUUGAUGGCAACACAUCAACAUGGAUCGGCGACGAAUGUGUCGUUUAGUGAAAGAACACCCAGACAUCAUCAUCAUGUGAGUUUUGCGGGUGAAAAUGAGCCGAAAUUUGGGAUUUUUUGGGGAAAAAUGAGCCCGGAUACGUGAAAAUUGAUGAAAUUUGAGUCUAAAAUCGAAAAAUCGUGAAAUUUGACUCAUUUUGGUCCAAAAUUCGUAAAAAUUGGUCAAAAAUGAGCCUAGAAUCAUGAAAAUCUGAAAUAUUUCAAAAUGUUUGAUUUUUUGGUCCAAAAUUCUUGAAAAUUGGUCCAAAAUGAGCCUAGAACCAUAAAAAUCUGAAAAAUUUCGAAAUGUUUGAUAUUUUGGUAUAAAUUUUGUAAAAAUUGGUCCAAAAUGAGCCAAAAUUUUUGAAAAUCUGAAAAUUUUGAUUUUUUGGUCCAACAUUUGUAAAAAUUGGCAAAAAAUGAGCUCAAGAGCAUGUUCUCAACAAAACAUUCUGAAUUUUCACCUAAAAUACCUUAUUUUACCUAAAAAUUACCCUAUUUUACCCUAAAAUUAAUUUCAGGAUCACUAUCAUCAUCAUCACAAUGACAAUCCGUUUGCCGCUCCAAAUCCGCAACAAUCGCAAAGUAAAAUGCGACGAGCCUUCUCGAAUGCACAAAUCACAUUGGCCACCACAUUUGGAUUUAGCCGACCAUUUCAGAGUCGCACCAAUUUGAGCCAAAUUAGUGAGUUUUGAGCUCGAAAAUGUGAAAAUUCAUGAAUUUUGAGCCUGGGAACGUUAAAAACGGUCGAAUCUGGCUCUAGGAGACAAUUAGGGUGAAAAUUACCUUAAGACCUUAAUUUUGAGCCUAAGAUCACUAAUUUUACUGAAAUUUGACCCUAGGAACGUUAAAAUUAUUCUAGUUUCAUCCUAGGGAUCAUUUAGGGUGAGAAUUACCUUAAGACCUUAAUUUUGAGCCGAAAAUCACUAAUUUUACUCAAAUUUCACCCUAGGAACGUUGAAAUUACACUAAUUUUAACCUAGGGAUCAUUUAGGGUGAAAAUUACCUUAAGACCUUAAUUUUGAGCCUAAAAUCACUUAUUUUACUCAAAUUUAAGCCCAGAAACGUUAAAAUUACUCUAAUUUUAUCCUAGGGAUCAUUUAGGAUGAAAAUUACCUUAAGACUUUGAUUAAGACACUAAUUUUGACACAAUAGGCUAAUUAGUGUUAAGUUUAAGUUUUAAUUACCUUAAGCCUUAUUUACGACACUAAUUUCAACCCUAUUAGGGUUGCCUAAUGACCUUAAUUUUACCCAGAGUUACCUUAACUCUAUUUUUUUUUGCUUUACAGACGAAAAUUCGUCAAUGAUGGCCUCGCCACGUGUCUCUUGCGAUCCAGCGGCGUUGGCAAAUAUGACGUCGGUCGGCGGAAUGCGGAACGCGGAAAGCGAAUCGACGCCUAAACGUGGAAUACGGUAAGUUUGGAGCAUUUUUUGAUACGUCGCAUAGCCUCGUUUCAAAUCCGCCAGUGCACCCCCCUAUUUUUGAAAAUUUCUGCCAAAAGGGAUAACCCCCCCCCCCUUUUCCUUUUUAAUUUUCAGCUAUAAAAACUUGACAAUCUUCAUUUUUAUAAACUUUUAGCUCAAAAUUGCUUCAUUUCGUCAAAUAUUCUCAUCUUCUCCGCUUUUGAGCCAAAUUUUGAUUCAAAAAUUCUAAUUUUUCAAAAACAAAAAAAAUACGUUUCAAAAUUUUGAUAUAAUUUAUUAUCAAUUUUUUCAAUGCUUCCCUGUUGACAUUCGGAUAUAAAUCAAAACCAAAAUUCUCAAAAUUUGGAUGAACAUUUUGAAACUAAUAAUCCAUUUUUGAAUCAAAAUUCGUGGAAAUUUUAAUGCACUUCCAAUAAGUUAUAGAGUACAAAGUUUAGAAAAUUUCUUCAAAAUGUUUUCUCAAAAUGACACCCACUUCCAAAAACUGGGGUGAGUGAUAACCCCUCCUCGGCUCGAUUACCCCAAACAUGCGACGUAUGCAAAUUUUAUGAAAAUUCAAAUUUUUCUGAAAUUUCCCAAAUUUUUUCCAGAGCUCGCCUAACAUCGGCCACAUUUCUGAAUCGAACACUGAAUCGAAAUCAAACCCUUCGUCGUCAAACCGUCUUCUCAUCGCAUUCCGAAAUGGAGCCAGCUCUUGGACCAACUUGCUCGAAUUCCGCCGCCGCCUCCGCAACAAUGGCAAAACCGCCCACGUUGUUGCCACCUAAACCACAACAAAAACAACGUGUAACUGAUAUUUGA